GUAACCCGGAUGCAGCUACUCCGCAAGAUGGCGGCGGCGGUGGCGGUGGAGGCCGGCGCGUUGUAGCGCCCGCGAAGCGGAUCCCGGCCCCGCCAUGGCGGACCUGGGCCGGCAGUUGCAGGAGUACCUCGCGCAGUCGAAGGCCGCUGCCACCGGCGGCCCCAGCACGGUCCCCGCGUCGCCGCCCGCCGGCUGCUCGCAGGAGGAGGCGGGGACCGGCGGCGGCGGCCUGGGGGCCUGGCUGGGCCCGCUGAACCCCUUCCCGCCGGGCCGCAGCGCCCCCCCCGCGGCAGCGCCCGGAUCGGGGCCGGGCUCGGGCUGGCCGUGGGCGGCCGAGGCGGACCCCUGCCUGCCGGCUCUGUCGCGCUGGCAGCGGCUGGCGGGGAGCGGGCUCUGCCUGCUGCUGGCCGCCCUCUGCUUCGGGCUGGCCGCGCUGUACGCGCCGCUGCUGCUGCUCCGGGCACGCAAGUUCGCGCUGCUCUGGUCCCUCGGCUCGCUCUGCGCCCUGGGCGCCGCCGCCCUGCUGCGCGGGCCCGCCCGCCUGCUGCGGGAGCCAAGCAGCGGCUCCCUCCUCUACCUCGGCGCCCUCGGCGGCACCCUCUACGCGGCGCUGGGGCUGCGCAGCACCCUCCUCACGGCGCUGGGCGCCGCUGUCCAGCUGGGCGCCGCUGCCGCCUCGCUCCUGGCCGCGCUGCCUGGGGGAGCCGCCGGCCUUCGCCGCCUCGGCGGCCUCCUCGGCGCCGCGCUGCGCCGGCGCGGCAAAGCGCUGCCGGUGUGAGAGCGCUGCCGGGGCGAGCCCCCCGCCGCCGCGGCGAGGGGGACGGGACCGGCCACAGCCCGGCGGGACGCGGGCGAAGGGACUGGGAGACUCGGGCUGGCGCCGGCCGAGGCGCGAAGACGCUGCUCCGAGACGGGGAUGAGGAUGGCGCCGUCUGGCGCGCUUCUUUCCACCGCCUUCGCGUUGCUGCUGGGUUUUCCUCACCAGUUCUUGAGCAAGAAAAGCAGCGGCUGGCACCCGGGAACGGUACCGGUGACUCUCUAGACUCGUUUUGCUGUGCUCAGGUGUAACGGUGUUGGUGCCAGCCUGCCGAGCCGUCCCGGAGGAUGAGAUCUUGCCUUAUUGCAAAGUCAGCUCGAUAGCCUUGGUCUGGAGUCUCUCCGGCUCUGGGUGGGAGCUGGCAGCAUUCUGCUUUCCUACCUCCAGUAUAGGACCGUGUGGCUGCUGCAGCCUACUUCAAAACGAUGGUAGACUAGCAAGCAACGGUGAUUUCCUGUGUUUUGGAAUUUUAACAUCAGCACCACUUGUAAUCUGUAGCCAGCUGUGGCUAAAGGUGAAAAUGAAAGUUCUCUAUACAUGAUAAACCAAAAAACUAGGAAUCAGCUAUUAGUAUUUUAAACAGUUGAGAUUUCAGGAGGUAGUUCUGUUGCACCAUCUGAUACACAAGUUUGCCUAAAGACAACCCUCUUGAUAGUAAGAGGGUUCUGGUUUCCGCCCUCCUUCAAAGCGUGGAAGUUCAUCUGGAGUAGGAAGUAAACCCUUCCGGCCUCCUGAGCAGUAAGAGAUGCAGGGGACAGGAGUGAGAAGAGAUUGUAUUCAUGAAAAUACUGUAAUUUGCCCAAGAAAUAUCUCUGCUUCCUUAUUCUUGCAUUUCUGUGUGGAAGAAUGUUACCCUCACCUCUAAGAGCACCACGACCUCGCCCCCGAACACCAUGGUCCCUUCCUCUUGAGUUUUCUUCUGGAGAGUCAAAAGUGUCAUCUGGCCCAAAAUCUUCAGGGCCAGGAAAGCCAUCUCUCCCCCUGGGUCCCCGACCCUCAUGUCUCGAGGGUCCUCCUCUUCUGAAGCUACAAGAAAAAACAUGGUACAAAUGUGGUUUUUAGGCAGAAUUUAGACUGAUAAACUUGAGUCAGCUUCAUUUUAAUAAGCAACUAAUUUCUGAACUGUUUUACUUAAUAGUAUAGCACAUACAGUUACUAGAAUAGGAUUUGUAGGUGGAAAAGUGCUCAUUUUCUGCCUUUGAGCACUUUAUUCAUUUUUGUAAUUUUCUGUCAUAUUUCCUUCUGUUGAUUGUGUUGGUUUUUCAUACAAGAAAAAUAUUGUCAAAUAUACUGCGUUCAUUUAAUGAAAAGGGGGAAGAAAACCAAUCAGUGAGUGAUGAUAGAUAUAAGGUAAGGUAAGGAAAAGUUUAAGUGAAUUUCCCUUAACUGUGGUGGUCUUACUUUCCCCUUCCCUUUUUUCCCUUCCAUUUUAGUGAUAAAAACAACCUGAAAAAAUACAAGCAGUGAGAGUCACGGCUAUAACAAAGCAUUCCAGCAUCUCAUUCCUAUUGAUUUGGGAUUCUUUGGCUAGAACAUUCUCUGUUUCAUUUCAUUCUUCUAAGUUUACAAUUUUAGCAAAUGAAUCUAGACUGCACUUGGCUCUGUAGGAAUGAUGAUUGCCUAACAGCGUGCACAGUGGCAUUCUACAACCUGAAGAGCAGUUUAUCCAACUGCAGUAAUGAAGAAUUUUGUUUUGCGAAAUGUAGUUAUGACACUAAAGUUGGUAAUCUCCUUCUAGUAAGUACCGUGGCAUCUUCAGUAAUUUGGUAUGAUUGGAUUCUGCAUCUCAUCUUAAAUGAGUAUAUAUAGCUCCUCCAGUAUCACACUGGGGUUUUAACAGAGGUCUUCAGAGAGGAGAAUAGUUCUUAAUGAACUGUCAGUGCUAUUUCAGGUAAGCCUGUAGAUGGCUGCAUGAAUACUUGUAGUUUUGUUUUUUACAUUACCAGUUUAAACACUUGGAGUGCUUGUAAAAGUGCAUACAUGUUCUGUGUAUUACUGCAACUCCAAAAGUGUGCACUAGCACCAAUUGUUAAGAUUGUCUCAGUUUACAGCCCAGUUUCUGUGCAAGCACAGGUGAGAUGUUUAGGUGGUGCAGGCACACUGGUUCAGGAAUCCUCACAGUGCAACCCCACGCUGCUCCUGCCCACCCCUCAGUGACAGCAUAGAUAAUGCAGAGCACUCUUUGCCCAUUCACACUGAUGCCCCCCGCCUCCCCUCUAUUCCCAGUUCCACACUGGCCAAACUAACCACCAUAAUAGUCAGAUGGCAUUGGCUUUGUGCAACAUCCCCUUCCCCAGCUCAUUAACGACACAGUGCAUCCUAUUACAAGCAAAACUUUAGAUACUUUUAUUUAGAAUUUUAACAACAUUAACCUUUUAAUUACAAAUUUAAAUAUUUUAACAGUAGUCAUAACACAAUACAAUAUUUUUAAACUUUUACAUUUUUUUUUAAUUAAAAACAAUAGGUCUGUCUCCACCUCCCAGAAAACAAACACAAUACAGAGAGGAGGCUGCUGUGCCUGUAUAGGUACAACAGUGGAUGGAGGGAGUGCUGUGUAUGGACAAUGAACCAUUUUACAUUAACCUGGAUGACUUGGGAAAACAAACUGAACAGUUUCAGGUACAAAUGGUUCAAAUAACCACAUAGCAAUAUUGUUUAGCCUUGAAACAGCACAGUCCUCUAGAUGUUCUUUAGAGGGCCUCCCACUUUAAUACUGACAUGGUGUGAUUCUGCUUAGCUUGUAAAUUACCAAGAUUUGCAACACAAGGUCCUACAGCUAGCAGGAAUAGGGCCUUUCCUUUUGUUUCCAAGCAAUGUUAUAGACACAGUUAAAUUCUGAAAUCUAUCAUACCUAUGCCUGACAUAGCCACAGCUCCUAAUAUUGCGUUAUGUAUAUCCUUUUUCACUUUUUCAUAUCAGUCACAUGUAAAACCCUGCCUUGCAUAGGGCUCAGUUCCUGUUUGACUGCUCUCAGAUCUUCCUCCUUGAGGCCUAGGACCUUAAUGUACAGAACUACACACUCUGCAGAUUAGCAGGCAGGAAGAGGCAGGUCUCUGCAGUAGAAGCAUCAUGUUGAUAUGCACAGGUAGAGUAAGAACAGGACAGGGAUGAAAAGGACGGGAAAUUAGAAACACACAUACACACACUUCCCUCUCAUGCUUGCUCAAACCAGUUACAAUCUAAAUUCCAAACCAAGUCAGCUAAAUGAGUGGUUGGGAUUCUUAAGUUCAUCUCAGCAUCUGCAGUAAAUGGCACCUAAUUCA